CAUGACUUCAAACUGGAAUAAGAAGCCAGAAUGUAUCCAGAGCAAAAUUACAAGCUGUGAUGUGACCAACCUGAUGCAGAACGUAACAGAGACCUACAUUGCUGAGGUGGAGACCCACGGUGCAGAACACACAGGAGAAGUCGAAGAACCAUCUUUUGUCCAGUCUAGCCCCUUCCAGCCCUUAAAGCAAACUGACAUUGGAGAAGCAAGCUUUCAAAUUUAUAAAAAGAGUGAAGAUGAGAUUGAAGUGUUAGUACAAGAUCCACUUACAGGCAUCAAGUUUUCUAAUAAGACUUCAAAAACUCUGCAUGAUAUCUACGGGACAAACCUCACUUAUAGGGUGUUUUACUGGAAAGAUGGCACAAGUGGCCAGAAAACUCAAAUUGGCAACAGUCAAAGAAUAAUUAUUAAGAUUGACAAGGGAAUCAAUUACUGCUUCGUUGUUCAAAUCUACAUUAAAUCACCAUUCAAAAAUAGCCCAAAAUCUCAAAGCAAAUGCACAGAUCUUAAAACCACAGAGUUUGGCUAUGGCUUCUAUGCCAUAAUAAUAGUAGGAGCACUAGUGGUCAUCAGCAUUAUCAUUGGGGUGACGGUGUGUUUGUGCAGACGUAAAACUGUUCACAACAAUGUGGAGACAAACCCUCUGAAGGCGGUGUCUGCAUAAUUCGAAAGCAAUGUGUCUUGAGUGACUGGUCCCAUCGCCAGCUGCUGGUUGGAUUUUUGUAAGAAUUUCUUCACUGACAAUAGGAAGCGAACGACUCCUGUAGCACGUGUACCUCACAAGCAUAACUGACCGUUCACAGAAGUACGGUGAAAAGAAACAUUUUGUUUCUAUGAAACAUUUAUUUAUCACCAUAUCAAGCAAGCAGGGAACUUUAUUUCAGAGAUAGUAGGAACUGCAGAUGCUGGAGAAUCCGAGACAACAAGGUGCAGGGCUGGAUGAACACAG